AGUGGCACGGCGAGUGAGCGACGCCGCGGAGGAGGAGAAAGAAAACGCAGCGAACAAAACACACAAUGGCGACGGCGGCGACCACGGCAGGCGGGACGGGAACCGGUGGACCGGCCGGCGGCCCGGUCGGUGGCGGAGGAGCAGCGGUGGGACGUAAAAAGGACGGUGGCCCGUCCACGAAAUUCUGGGAAAGUUCAGAGACGAUAUCCCAACUGGAGACGGUGCGACUGUGGAUCGGAAAGCACUACAAGAAGUAUGUCCAGAAUGACUCCCCCUCCAGUAAAAGCUUGGCGGGCCUGGUCGUCCAGUUGCUUCAGUUCCAGGAGGACGCAUUUGGACGCAGGGUCAACAAUCCUGCUCUUACCAAACUACCUGCCAAGUGUUUCCACGAUUUCAAAGCAGGAGGUUCUCUCUGUCACAUCUUGGGGUCGGUCUACAAAUUUAAGAGUGAACAGGGCUGGCGGAGAUUUGACCUGCAGAAUCCUUCCAGGAUGGACAGGAAUGUGGAAAUGUUCUUAAAUGUUGAGAAGAACUUGGUCCAGAAUAACUGCCUGACUCGACCCACCGUCUUCCUGUCACCGGACAUCGAGCAGAAACAGGCCAGUAAACUCAAAGACAUCAUCAAAAGGCACCAGGGCUCCAUGACUGAUGAUAAAUCAAAAGCCACCCACCACAUUUACCCGUCACCAUCCCAACAAGAAGAGGAGGAGUGGCUUCGUCCUGUAAUGAGGAAAGACAAGCAGGUGCUGGUGCACUGGGGUCUUUACCCAGACAGCUAUGACACCUGGGUAUCAGCCAGUGAGGUGGAUGGCGACAUAGAGGAUCCACCCAGCAACGACAGACCCUGGAAGGUCCAUGCCAAGUGGGUUUUAGACACGGAUGCCUUCAAUGAGUGGAUGAAUGAAGAAGACUACGAGGUCGAUGAAAACAAGAAACUAGUCAACUUCCGUCAGAGGAUCUUCCCCAAAGAGGAGGAGUCUUCCCGUACACCCGAUCGUAAGGAGCGCAAAGCCAACUCCGCCGGCAAGAAGAGGAGACGCUCGCCCUCGCCGCCCAGUACUCCUGUCGAGUCUCGCAAGAAGGGAGGAAAGAAAGGGAACCCCGGGUCUCACUGGAAGCGACGGGGCCACAGAGGAGAAGAGGAGGACACGGAGGAGGACAUAACCAAGGACAUGGACGACUCAUCAGCCGGUGCCAGCAUGGAGGAGGGAAGCGUGCCCAAAAACGCAGGUUCAAAGAAGGACAUUGAAAACACUCCAGUAAAAGGAGGGAAUGUGGCGGACCUGGAUGACAUGGAGGAUGACUCUGUGCUGUCUGGUGGAAAGGAUGACGACGACCAGGGCAAGGCGGAUAUCAACCGACUGAUGGACACUAGCGAGGACAACGUUACUGAACAGACUCAUCACAUCAUCAUCCCCAGCUACUCUUCUUGGUUUGACUACAACUGCAUCCACGAGAUUGAGAGAAGAGCCUUGCCUGAGUUCUUCAAUGGAAAGAACAAGUCCAAAACCCCAGAGAUAUACUUGGCCUACCGUAACUUCAUGAUCGACACGUAUCGGCUGAACCCUCAGGAGUAUCUCACCUCCACCUCCUGCCGCAGGAACUUGACCGGGGAUGUGUGCGCCAUCAUGAGGGUUCAUGCCUUCUUGGAGCAGUGGGGUUUGGUAAAUUACCAGGUGGACUCUGAGAGUCGCCCACUGCCCAUGGGCCCCCCACCAACACCCCACUUUACUGUGCUGGCUGAUACACCCUCUGGCCUUGUGCCCUUGAACCACAGACCCCCACCAAUUCCUCCUCCACAGCAGAUGCCCAACUUUGCAGACAAAAUCAAAGACAAAGCCAUCGACUUACAGAACUUUGGACUUCGCUCUGACCUUUACAAGAAAAUCCCUAAGGGUAAAAGUAUCAACUCCACCAGGGACUGGACUGAGCAGGAGACUCUGCUGCUGCUAGAGGCCCUGGAGAUGUUCAAAGAUGACUGGAACAAAGUGUCGGAGCAUGUUGGUUCACGCACCCAGGACGAGUGUAUUCUGCACUUCCUGCGGCUGCCCAUCGAGGAUCCAUACCUGGAGAACAGUGAGGCCACCCUGGGCCCCCUGGCCUACCAGCCCAUACCUUUCAGCCAGUCUGGAAACCCUGUCAUGAGCACAGUAGCCUUCCUGGCCUCUGUGGUUGACCCCAGAGUGGCAUCUGCUGCUGCCAGGGCAGCCUUAGAGGAGUUCUCCCGUGUGCGUGAGGAGGUUCCGGCUGAGCUGGUGGAGGCUCAUGUGAAGAAGGUGCAGGAGGCUGCCAGGAGCACAGGGAAGGUCGACCCCUCCUUCGGCCUGGAGAGCAGUGGCAUCGCCGGCACUGCCCCUGAUGAGCCCGAAAAGACUGAAUCAACAGAACCAGAAAAAAUUGAAACUGACACCGACUCCCAACAAGCCGAUAAGGCGGAGUUGAAGGAGGAGGCAGAGAAGCCCAGUGAGUCUGCAGAAAAGAACGACAAGACAGAAGCCGUAGACAAGGUGAAGAAGGAGGGAGGUGAGACGUCGGAGCGUGAGGAGGAGCCAGAGGAAGGAGGGGAGGCCAAGACCGCACCAGCAGACAAAGACGAGGAGGCUAUGGAGACAUCGUCCUCAGAGCAGGAGAAGGACAAGGAGGACAAGGCGGCUACAGAUGAGGUAGAGGAGAAGAGGAAGAAGCUGGAGCAUGACAUCGGAGAAGGAAACAUCGCUACAGCGGCCGCAGCUGCGCUGGCAUCUGCUGCCACCAAGGCCAAGCACUUGGCAGCAGUAGAGGAGAGGAAGAUCAAGUCCCUGGUGGCUCUGCUGGUGGAGACCCAGAUGAAGAAGCUGGAGAUCAAACUGAGGCACUUCGAGGAACUGGAAACCAUCAUGGACCGAGAAAAAGAGGCUCUGGAGCUUCAGCGGCAGCAGCUGCUCACCGAGCGUCAGGCGUUCCACAUGGAGCAGCUCAAAUAUGCGGAGAUGAAGGCAAGGCAGCAGAUGGAGCAGCAGGCAGCUGCUGCUGCUGCCGCCGCUGCGGCAGCCCAGGCCCAAGGACAGGGACAGGGACACGCCCCUGGAUCUGGACCACACUCCGGACCCCCACAACCAGGCAUGCAUCCUGGAGGACCGCCACCACACCACGGAGGACCUCCACCACAUCAUGGAGCACCUCCACCCCACCACGGAGGGCCGCCACCUGGGGCUGCCAUGCACCCCGGCUUCCCCACGAUUGGUCACCACCCCAUGGCCCCCCACCACCCAGGACAGACAGGACCGAUGGGACCGAGCCAGCCGGUUCCGGGACGUAUGCUGUCUGGCCCCCCCUCUGCAGGCCCACCUCCCGGCGGCAUGCCACCUAUGAUGCCCCCACGCCACCCUGGAGCUCCCAACGGCAUGUACCCUGGACCAGCACCUCCACAGCCUGAAGGGAUUCCUCCCGUCCCUGUGGGUCCUCCAGCGCCCCCAAGUGCACGAGUGGCUGACAACUAAGACCAUCACCCAUACUAACACAAACACACACAUGCGCACACACACUUAAACAAAAGCACACACAUGAAACUAACUUAAUCUCUAAAUUGCAGAUCAGUUUUGAUGACCUUUGCUACUGGCUCUAAUUUUAUUCCUCGGCACUGAAAUCCCUCAUAAAUCACAGGAUACGCUCACACACACACACACACACACACACUCAGGGUUCAGUGGCAAGGGUAACCCAAUUUUUCACACACACCCAGACUUCCUCUCAGGGCACAGAGGCAAGGCUCAUGUAGUAAUAAACACUGUUUCCUGCUCUGUUGGGCCAAAUGGAGGCUGGAGAAAAAUGACUCUGUACAGAAACAAAACCAGGAGGUAGAACAGAUAAAAACCCGAGUCUUGUCUCUACUUUCUUCUCUUUCAAUGCUGUUUAAAUUGACACUGUAACCCCAUCCCGUCUCUUAAAACACACACACACGCGCGCUACUCUCUCCUCUUGUCUGGUGCCUCUUUCUCUACGCUGAUCACUAGGGGGAGUUAAUAAGACUAGACGGCCUGUCAGACAUGCAGCGUUGGCACACUCACUCACACACACACACACACACACAGCUGAUCCAGACAAUAGUAUGAAUUUAACACACACUUAAAGGGGGACCCAGCCUGGCCUCACUCUUAUCCGGUCGAGUAUCUACCUCUCGCUCCUCUUUAAACGAUACACUGUAGUUCUGUGUGUGUGUGUUCAAGGUUAGAAGAUUGUGUGUGUGUGUGUGUGUGAUGGCGGGUUCACUCGUCUGCCUUCUCUCACCACAGUUUGACCUACAGAAAUGUGAGCCUUUUGGACCCCCCCAAAUGUAGUCGUUCCCACUCCAUUUCGUGCUACACUUCAACUCGGUUGCAGUCUUUGGAGUCGAGCAGGAGACGCGAUCACUGCUUUCGUUUCUUUGAUGCGUUUUCCUGUUUUUAAUUGAAGCACAACAUUGGCUUUGUUCUCACUGUCUACACACUUAGAAACAGUCACACUGUGUUUUUAAAUAGUCUUUGGAUAAGUGUUAUUAAUCAGUCAUUUCUUGUGUUAGUGCGGCUUAUUUGUAGUCAUUUAAAGGUCCAGUGUGUAACAAUAAGGAGGCGAGGGGUUAUUGGCAAAAAAAGUGACCCUACGACCCAUAAGUGUUGAUAUUCAAGUGGAUAAAUAUGUUUGUCUUCUUAGAAUAGGCCGUUUAUGUCGAGGCACAGGCCUUGCUUUAUGGACGGACCACUGAGUCAUCCAGAGCGUCCAGUGUGCUUACUAAAGCAGAAGCGAACAGCAUGUUUUCUGGCUUUAUCGUAGCUUUCUGAGGUGUUUGGAUAAGGGGCAGCAUGUGUGUGGCUACUCAGUCCGUACUGGAAACCCAAUUUGUUCUACGCAUGUGCAAAUUGCAGCUACUUCCUCUCACGGAGGUUAUAGUUGGGAGUUUUUUGGUUUCCGCUGUGGAUCAGGUAGCGACAGUAGGAGUCCUCCAUUUGCUAGUCUUCAGUUUUACCAGUAGGUGGUGCUAUUUCUUACACACUGGACCUUUUAUAAGGGACAAUUCUAAAGUCUCUUGAUGUGAUUAACUCCCAUCGCACUGUAGGAUUGGUUAAAGCUUCAACAAAGGGAGGACGGGCGUUUAGACGCACCAUCAUUCACACCUUCUUUCACACCAUCCGCAAUCCUAACUCACACACACACGGAAACGUAAGCUAAACUGAGGCUCACACUGGAGGCUGCGUGCAGACCCUGCCACAAAGCACUGGACAGCCAGCCACACACACACAUACACAAGAUCUAAUCUCCUGCUGACCCUCACUCAGCCUUUACAGAGAGGGAGACGCUGUGAAGCGACUGAAACAUCACACCAACCGUGAACGAUGCUCUUCCUCAGCGCGGUGGGCCUGUCGUGGGUUAUAGGUGCUGAUACUGUAGCAGAUAAACUCCCAACUCUCCCCCCCCCCAUUUCCUAAUGCCUAGUGCUGCCUACCUCGCUAACCCUAAACCCCCCCCCCCCCCCCAGCAUUGACACAUUAGCUUUUUUUUAGCCACUAUCCACAGUCAAACUUUAGCAAUAUUCCCAUUGAACCUGUGUAUGGUCUGAAAAAUACUGAGCUACUACCACUGAGAAGCUCUCGUGAUUUUGACUGUUGUGUCCCAAUAAGUUGUCGUAAAAACUAGGGGAACAACCACUAAACGUUUUAUUGCUUUACAGAAAUUAGUGUUCUACUCAAACCAUUCAUCUGUUAAAUAAUUCUUAGGACAAAUGCCAAUAAGCCUCUUGGACUUUUGCAUAAGAUUUGUUGUGUUUGACCAAAUGAGAUACUUGAACACAUCAUCUUGUGGCCUGUGGAUGUCAUUCAUGGUCAUUUUUCCACUCUUCUUUUAGUUGACCAAAUAAUGGUCUCGCUUGCUACCGUUCUAGUAUCAUUUACAAACUGGAGAAAUGUGGCAAAUCCAACACAUACAUGCUGUUUUAUUCUUGUCGAUUUGAAUAAUCAUUGAUGUGUGUGUAUAUACAUAUAUAUAUGUUCUGUCAAUCAGUUCACGAGAUUGACGGCUAAUUGUAGACACAAAAAAUCGGAGCUUUCACUUUUAACCACACAGUUUUUCCGUGUACAUUUUCUGAAAGCAACUGCUGAGGAAGACUGGGUGAUGGAGUUGAAAGCUUGACAAGGCUCGGCGAACUAUUUAAGGACUUUAAACAUUAACGAUUAACUUAGCGUAUAUUUAGCCAUUUUGUUCAGCUUUUUUUUUUCUCCUCCUGAUAAUUGAAGUUGUGUGAGGUUUUUUGCGUGUUGUACGACUCUGGUUGACACACAGGUUUAUUUAUAAUAAAAGCUCAAAUGAGGUCAAUUUAUUUUCAAGUUUGAAACCACUCCCCCCCCCCCCAACCCCCUUCCUCGCUGGCACUGUUAGUAUCUCUGCUACCUCUUCGUCGUUCACCCGCUAGCUACCUCUUCUAGAAAUCUUCCUCUCGCUCUGUGCUACCUCUCUGCGCAUCCUUUCGCUACCUCUCGUUCUUCUCUCUUUAUUUCUUCUUCUUCCAUCUUUUCUUUUCCCGCCCACAUGACUGCUGCAUCAGUGGCUGUUGCCCUCUUUCUUCCCACUGUCCUGUCGGAAGGAGACGGAAACACACAACACCCGUUCACCGCGCCCUCCUUUCUCAUUCGGCAUCUUCACAGGCUUACUUUAUGUAAUAUCACUUAAAUAUGACGGGAAUCCCCUUACAUAUAUUAUCUUUAAUCAAUACCCUUUUGGUUUUUUUUGUCAAUGGUAAUGUAUUUUUAAGGAGAAGUUUUGUGUAGAUGGAAGUUAUCUGUUCUUUGGAAGUUUGUAGCAUUUGUUUUUCCCUUUUUUUUUAUUUUGUAUGGGGUCUGUUGAUACUUGGACCUAGACACUGUCGAAUAAACUGUGUUUUGUAUGAA